AAAAUUUUGUAACGAUAAUUGAUUGUGUGGAUUCAUCAUUAAAUUGCGUUUAAAAAAUGAUGUUUGUUGGAACUUUUCCAGUUCGUGUGUGUUGUUGAUACGAUCUAUGGUGUGCGCACUGCGCAAACAGAUAUGGAGUGCAGUCAUUACUUUUUCUGUUGAAUUGACAAAAUUCAUAAAGCCACAAACGAGCAGACAUCGAUAUUAUUAUUGUUAAUACAUGUACAGAGAUACAUCUAUGAUGUGCUGUUGUUUGCCAUUUCAAUAAAGGAUGACAAUAAUAUUUAUUUCUUCCGAUCAUGGACUUUGGUAAUUGAACAAUAAUAUCACAAUGUCUGGCUAAAUAUAUAUCAUUUGAGCAUCCAUUUGAGUGAAAUGCCAUAAACGUAACAUUUAAGGGAGAAAAAAAUGGUUUUUAUUGCCUGCGUUUUUGCCAUCUGGCACUUUGCACGUAUUUCAAAACAUUCGGUGCGGCUGAAAUUUUUAUAAAAAAGAAGCGAGUAAAUCUACAUAUACAGCGAUUUUCAUCGAAAUCUCUUAAAUAAUAAAAGAGCGUACGUAAGCGCAAACGCUCAUCGUUUGAACCGAUGGCGGAGAGCCUAGCGCGUAUCUUGCAAAAUGACAAUCAUAAGCACACGGAGCGAACAUAGCGGUGGCGGUGACCGAGGCACUUAUGUGUAUGCGCGCAUGUGUAUUCGUGCGCGUAUGCGACUUAUAAAAUCAUAUGAUCAGUCAGUAUGUCCAAACAGUCAGUGAGCAAGUGUCAUUAGUACGAAGUGGAUUCGCCUUUUGUUUAGAUUUUCCCCCAAGUCGUUCGUUAAGAAUAUUCGUGUUCAAUUACACUCUUCAACCAAAGAGAAUCUCGACUUAUUGUCGGUUGAAAUACUAACAAAGUGAUUGCCCAUUGUAUAGGAUAGACAUAGUGAAGCGGAAAAAUUCGCGGCGCUUGACUUUGAUUCGAGAAUUCGUCGAAAAAGUGUUUUCCUUUGAAGCGACUGCGAACAGAGGGUAGGUCAAUAAUGAAAGAAUUGUCAGUAGUGGCAAACUAUUCAACGAUACGCGAUAGUCGUGGCCCGUAAUUUACUUUCGUAUUUCAUCGAGAGAGAAAUCACAAGUGCAAGUGAAAGAACGAAACCUUGAAAAACUCCCACGAAUAUUUGUGAGGACUCCGAAACUGAAUAAAAGCGUUGUUUCUGAACUCUUUUUUAAAGCUGUUGCUAGAGAAAAUUUGGACAUUUUUUUGCUGUCGAUUUAUCCCGAUUUUCCUAUUUUACGUGAACAAUUGAAGUAAUGCCAAAUAAGUGUAGCAAAGAUUGUUUGGGUAUUCGGUACCGUACGAAUGGUUUGCAUCAAACGUGGAAGUGGCUGCAUCAAACGAUCGAAUUGCACGAAUACUUGAUUUCGAUGUCAUCGUCUGACAGAGACAUCGUUCGCGUACCUGCUGUUGUUAUGCAUUGAAUUAAUUCACCAUACCUCAUUUUCGAUUCAAUUCCACGGUGUGCUAUAACAAAGUGUCUUAAGAACUUACACAAAGCAAUAAAAAGAAACAACAAAGGAAAAAAGAAGAACAAAGGACAUUUUAUUGAAUACGAUCGGUGUUUGCAUACUUCUCUCUAGUCGAUAACAAAAUUACUCAUUUUUCCUUAAGACUUUUGACUGAUUCAACCGAAGAUUUUUGAAAAAAAUUUCGAUUUCUAAUUUUGAUUAAAAAAAGACAUUGAACAUUAGCAUUAAAAGUAAAUUUUGAAAAGCAACUCAACUUAGUGAAAACAUUGAAUCCAAAGUGAGAGUAAUUAAAUUGGGUGUGUGAUAAAGAAUUUGAACUGUUAUAACUGUAACUGUUACUGUGAAUUUAGAUUGCGUAACGGUAUAAAAAAGAAUCAAAUCACGUUUUGGUAAUAUUAUAAUUCGCAGUUCGUGUGUGUUAAAUGAAAUUAUCAAUUCAACAACGCAUCAACACGCGCCGAUUUCAUACAACAGAAAACUAACACCUAUCGUUGGCGAAAACAGGAGCUAUUCGUAUUCGACGGGAUCGAAGUACACAAUUGAGUUAAAACAGAGAGAAACAAAAAUAAACGACUCAACACACACAAUUUUCGCUUAGCGCUUCCGCAUUACGUUUUUACUCCAGUUUUUGCGUUGUUUUCGCAGCUGCGUACAUAAAGAUAACUAUUACAUACCAUCAACGCACAGCAGAGCGCUAUCGCAUUUCUAAGCUACCACAGAAAAUAAAGAAUCGCAGAGUACACAGCUGAAGCUUGAAAAUAGACAUAGAAAAUGGCUUCGACAUUGUUCAUGAACUGUGGUACCAAAGUCCGCUCCGUUAUUGGUCACCUAUCGCCGCUUUCACAACAAAUAAAUGUCUCAGUAAAAUUCCACCCGAAUUAUCAGAGCAUCCAGAAAGCGGUCGUUGCUCACAAUUAUUCGACGACGACGACGACGACAACGACAUUGUCGGACGGGAAAAACAAUGCGAUUAGCAAUGAACAAGUGAAUGCAACACCGACCGCCAAAUCUACAUACAAAUCCCGGGCCAUCAAAGCCGUUCCGGAUAACGAGAUUAGGAAAUCGGUUUUCAUCUCCCAAUCGAAUGACAUCUUUACAAAUUUGGCACUUGAAGACUGGUUCUAUCGCAAUUUCGAUUUCACAAAUCAUCAUGUACUGAUGCUAUGGGCCAAUGAUCCGUGUGUUGUGAUCGGCCGUCAUCAGAAUCCAUUCGACGAAACAAAUGUGUCGAAUUUACAGAAGGCUGACAUUGCAUUAGCACGGCGUAACAGCGGCGGCGGAACGGUUUACCAUGAUCGCGGCAACUUGAACAUGACUUUUUUUACACCGCGCGAACGAUACAACCGCACAUACAAUCUCAAUAUUGUGACGCGUGCAUUGUUCCGCGAAUGGGGCAUCAAAGCCGAUAUUUCAGCACGCGACGAUAUUGUGAUCAAUGAUAAAAAGAUUUCCGGAACAGCUGCUAAAUUGGGGCAACCAAAUGCUUAUCAUCAUUGUACACUGCUCGUCGACACCAAUAAAAACAACAUUAGAGAAGCUUUAGUUAAAGAUGAGGCUGAAAUUGUCACUAAAGCAACACAAUCAGUACGGUCACCAGUAAAAAAUUUAGUCGAUGUCAAUCGUCACGUCAACUUUGCGCAGCUUCUUAGUGCUGUGGGAUAUGAGUUUCUGCGAACAUCGGCGACUGAGUUACAUGAUGGUGGUCGUCAUUUGAUGAUGAAACAACGUGGAUUCCAACUGAUCAAUCCAACGGAAAAAUGGUUCCCCGGUUUGAUGGAAAUUCGUGACAAUCUUAACACUUGGGAUUGGUGCUACGGAAAAACACCCAAAUUCACCGUCCAAAAGGAGAUACAGCUAAAAUCCGAGGAAAAAGAUCACAACGUUCAAUUGAACAUUUCUGUUAAUGCGGGACUCAUCGAAGGGAUCACAUUGAUUGUCCCGAACUACGAUGCCAUACCGGUUGUUUCAACGCUCAGAGGCACACCAUACACCGAAGAACAUCUCAACAACAUCAUUAUGGCACUGAAGGGCGUCAGCGGUGAUAAUGUCAAACACGCCAUGAAUCACUCAUUUUAAAGCUUGUUUUUAAUUGUUUUACUUUUAAUUUUUUCAUUUACUAAAAUAGCUUGUAAUAAACGAUUUUGAUUUUUGUAUUUUGUAUUUUGACCUGUUAACAUUGAAUUAAUUCAAUCAAUAAAUGUUCUUUUCCUCUUUUUUUGGAUGAGCAAA